UUCAGAGGCCCGCCUGUGAGCCUGUGACUUGAAGCGACUUUAGCGGGCGUGGGUGCGCUCAGUGGUCCCGAGCUGCAUCAGACUUGAGUCCCAGCGAAGUGAAUGGGAAGCGGGAGCAGAGGUGUUGUUAAGAUACAACGGAGCCCUUUUAUUACGGCAGAUCUUCUCGCAUGCUGGUGGCGGGUCGCGCCUGUGAGCCCGACUGAGGUUACCGUGACAUUGGCAGAAAAGCUUAUGGAUCUGGCACAGGGCCGUGUGGUCUUUGAGGAUGUGGCUGUACACUUCUCCCAGGAGGAGUGGGGGCUCCUGAAUGAGGCCCAGAGACGCCUGUACCACAGUGUGAUGCUGGAGAACUUGGCACUGUUGUCCUCCGUAGGUCGUUGGCCUGGAGUCCAGGAGGAGGAGGCCCCUUCAGGGCAAGGUGAUUCUGCGGAUGGGUCACAGGUCUGGGCCUCAAGUCCAGAUCCAUCCACCCAGAAGUCUCAUUCUUGGGAGAUGUGUGGCCCACUCUUGAAAGACAUCUUGCACCAGGAUAAGCAGGACAGGACGCACCCUGAUCAAGGCCUGUACAGCUGUGGGGGAAAGAACGAACACCAUAAGCAGCAAACUGGAGAGAAACUCUCCAGACCGGACAAGGCGAGGUCUUCAUUCGUGAAGAACUAUGGAGUUCACGUGACAGAGAGGACGUUGUCACGCAGGGAGACACCCAGCACCGGCCAUUUCCAACAACAGGCUUCCCACAGCGUGGGGAAGCCACACAGGGAUACUGCAGGUAGAGAGAUCUUGCAAAAUGGGCCAAACGAUUACCAGUGCACUCAUUGUGGGAAUGCCUUCCUCUAUAAACGUGUACUUGUUGACCAUGAGAAAGUCAACGCCAGAGAGAAGCCUUCUGAGCAUAGGGAUUGUGGAGAGACUAGAAACUCCCAACUUGAUCAGCACCAGAAAGUCCACACCAAAGCAAGGUUUUCUGAGCACUCAGAGUAUGGAGUAUUCUUUACACAGGUAUCAUGCCUCAAUGACCACCAGAGAAUUCACAGCAAGGCGGAACCUUUUGGGUGCAGCCAAUGUGGGAAGGCCUUCCUUACACUUUCCCAACUCAUUGGUCACCAGAAAGUCCACUCUGAAGAAAGGCCUUACAUUUGCAGUGAAUGUGGGAAAUUGUUUGGGAACCGCUCCACAUUCAUUAGACACCAGAGAGGUCACACUGGAGAGAAGCCCUACGAGUGCAGUGAAUGUGGGAAAUGCUUUGGGAACCAUUCUACACUGAUUAUACACCAGAGAGUUCACACUGGAGAGAGGCCCUAUGGGUGUGGUGAAUGUGGGAAAACCUUCACACGCAAACAUAUACUUGUGCACCACCAGAAAAUCCACAGUGGAGAGAGGCCUUAUGAGUGCAGAGAAUGUGGGAAAGCUUUCAGCCGCAAAGACAAAGCUGUUGAACACCAGAAAAUCCACACUAGAAAGGAGUUACGCACGCAGCGACUGUCAGAAAUCCUUUCUGGACGGCUCCUCACUCAUCAUUCAUCAGGGAGUUCACACCCGAGAAAGGCCUUGUGACUGUAACAAAUGUAGGAAGUUUUUUAGUACUGCCUCACACUCAUUAGAUACCAGAAAAUUCACACUGGGGAAGGGCCAUGAGGUAGAACACCCCUUAGUUGCUGCGAGUGCAGCUAAUGUGAACAAUUUUCCUGGUUCCACUCCAGACUCAUACACACCAGCAAGUUCACAUUGCUCUGAGGUCAUAUGAGAGCAGCAGAUACGGGAACGACUUUGAUGACAACUGCGGCCUCAUUAAACAUUGUCAAGUUUACAUGGGAAAAUGCCAUCUGAGUGCAAUGAAUGCUGCAGAGUCUUUCACUAAAAUUCCCAUCCACUUGACUCUGGAAAGUUCAUACCAGAGAAAAAAUUUAUGAGAGCAAUAAGUGGGGAAAAGAUUUCAGCCGAAAGUCUGCUCUAAUUGGCAUUGUAAAGUAUGAUUAUGUACUUACGGAUUUUGUACUUAAAGUACACAUACAUGAAAUUUUUGCUUAAGUAUUUUAGUGUACCGUUCAAUACCAUUCAAUGUUCCCAUUGUUCAAUGGAUAUCAAGAACUCUUCAUCUUGCAAAAGUGAAACUGCACAUUAAACAACAACUUUGAUUCUUUUCUUCCUGCAGCCUUUGACAACCUUUUUAUGCUACUCUGUCUCUGCAUUUCAUUGCCCCCAGCUACCUCACAUAAGAUCAUACAGUUUUUGUCUUUUUGUGAACAGCUUUCUCUACCUGCCAUAAUUUCAGAAUUACCUUUCUUUUCAAGGCUGAGUAAGACUUCAUUAUAUAUCUUUAUUAUAAUUUCUCUAUCCAUUCACUCACCUGCUAAUGGACACUUCCCUUGCCUCCAUAUUUUGACUGAUGGAAAGAUUGCUGCUCUGAAGGUGUCUGCACAAAAUCACCUCAAGAUCCUGCUUUCAAUUCUUUUGGAUAUAUAGCCAGAAGAGGAAUUGCAGGAUCAAAGGAUAAUUCUAUUUUUAAUAUUUUGAGGAACCCAGGAACUGUUUUCAUCAAGGUCCACAAGAUUUCCAAUAUCUCCACAUCCUCCUCAGUCAAUUUUUAUUUUCUGUUUUGUAUUUAAUAGUAGCUAUUUUAGUGAGUGUGAGGUAGUAUUUUAUUGUGGUUUUGUUUAAUCUUUCUCUAAUGAUUAACAAUUACAUACUUCUUGGCCAUUUGUGUAUAUUCUUUGUGCAAAUGUCUAAACUUGUCCAUUUUAAAAUCAGGUUAUUUUCUUAGUGUUGGGUUUAGCAGUCUUUAUAUAACCUAGAUACUAACCACUUAAUGAAGAUAUGAUUUAUAAAUGUUUUCAUCUAUUCAAAAGGUCACCUGUUCACUCUGUUGAUAUAUAUUUACUUAUUUUUAUGAGAGGGGAAGGAAGGGAGAGAAACAUGAAUCAGUUGCCUCUCACAAGCACCCCAACCAGGAACUGGCCUGCAACCCAGGCAGGUACUCUGACGGGCAAUCAAACCCAUGACCUUUUGCUUUGUGAGAUGAUGCUCAACCAACUGAGUCACACCAGUCAGAGCUGAUAGUAUUCUUGAAUGCAGGAGUCCCCAGCCCCAAUUCUGGUCCAUGGCCUGUUAGGAACUGGACUGCACAGCAGAAGGCGAGUGGCGGGCCAGUGACCGAAGCUUCAUAUGUAUUUACAGCCUUUACCUAUUGCUUGCGUUACCACCUGAACUACACAUCCUGUCAGAUCAGCUGUAGUAUUAGAUUCUCAGAAGAAUGCAAACCCUACUGUGAACUGAGCAUGCCAGAUAUCUAGGUUGUACAUGCCUUAUGAGAAUCUAAUGCUUGAGGAUCUGAGCUAGAGCUGAGGCGGUGAUACUAGCUAGCAUGGGGGAGUGGACGCAAAUGCAGAUUAUCAUUACCAGAAAGGUUUGACUGCAGAGACCAUAAUCAAUUGCUUGCAGACUCAUAUCAAAACCCUAUGAGUGAGUGACAAGUAACAUACGUUCUGGAUUUUAAAGUGAAGGCAGAAUAUUCUGAGAAGGCAAAGCAAUCUGAGAUUGCCACCAAAGCACUGAUAAGCCACCUUCCGUUUCCAACAUCUUACCUUUGCUCAGCAGGGUUUUCUGCAAAGACAGCAACCAAAACGGGAUCAUGGAAUAGACUGGACAUAAGCAGCACACUUUGGUGUUACUGUCUCUCAUUACCCCCAGAUGGGACUUUCUUGUUGCAGCAAAACAAGCUCAGGGGUCCCACUGAUUCUGCAGUAUGGUGAGUCGUAUAAUUAUUUCAUUGCAUAUUACAAUGUAAUAAUGAUAGAAAUGCACAAAUAAAUGUACAAACAGUGCACAGUAAAUGUGAUGUGCUUGAAUUGUCCUGAAACCAUUCACACACAUAUACACACACCUUGGUCUGUGGGUAAAUUGUCUUCCACAAAAUAGUCCCUGGUGCCAAAAAAGUUGGGGACCGCUGGUUUAAUGUACAGAAUAUUGUAAUUCGAUAUAGUACAAUUGCUCUGUUUUUGCUUGUGUUUCCUGUGCAUUUUGUGUCAAUGCCAAGAAGUUCAUUGUUGAAAAGAUUGCCUUCUCCCAUUGGAUUCUCUUAGCACUCUUGUCAAUUAUCUGAUCAAAUAUACUGCCUUUCA